UAACAGUUCAUAUCGUAAAUAUAUAUCAAUAAAAGAUGAAAAAUAUAAUUUUAAGUAUAAUUAAAUUUGAAAAUUUCACUUGUAAAACCUAUACACUGCAAAAAGAUAGAAAUAUAUAACAACAAACAUUACUUGUCAGCUACAUAUUCAGUUAACAUAAUAAUUAUAUUGUCAUAACGACUUUGUGAAUAGACUAGGUAUAAUAAUUGAAAAAAAUAAACAUUAAAUUACGAGAACGACAAAUGUGUGACAAUGAAGACAUGAUGAAAAAAAUAAGGCGAACUGGCAUUGUCACAGUUAACCGGAACUGUCUGUCUCAAACCCAACAUACGGCAUUACUGUCAACGCCAAGAGGGCACUCAUGGACCGGGACACACGGGUUGAGUUUCAUAAUGGAAAAAUGUCGGAAAAAAGGUAGAUCCACUUUAAAUGGCCGCCGUCGUGAAAGCGGAAAAACAUCAUUCUUUGACGUAAAUACGACGAUGUGGCCGCUUUUUGUAAAACAAUUUCUACAACAUGGAGAAUAUAGUUUAACUCCAGCCACUAGGAUAAUAUUAACAAAAAUAUUACUCUCAAGAGUGAACUUUUCUGACCCGAAAUGGUCCAUCUACAGAAACACACAAACAGAGUUAUGUCGUUUUUUGAGAAAUUUGAACCCAGAAUGUAACUCAAUCAAUUGGAAGGGUGAUUUUUUCAGAAAGUUAUCAUCUUUGAUUUUCAAUUAUAUGGUCCAAGUACUUUGUAGCGGUCGUAUAUCAAAAAAACAAAAAAUGACACAAGUGAUACUAAAAAAGAUAAAUGAUAUUACCAACGAAUACGUAUUAUUAAACUCACCAGAUAAUUUUCUACAAGGGGUUCAAAUAUUUGUAGCAAAUAUGCUAUCUCCAUGGCUAGAAAAACCCAUAAAUGACAUUUGCAGUAAAGACACUACUAAUAAAGACUUAAAAAACGGAAACACUAUGAAUGGCAUAGUGAACCAAAGACUUGGUAUUGAAACAAAAUAUUCAAAAAACAAUAAAGUAGAUAAAAAUAAAACACAUAGGCUUGAAUUAAAAACCAUAAAAAAUGUUACAACUAACCAAAAAUCAAAAAAAGGUCAGUUUAAAAAAAUGAACAAAAUGAAUAAUAAUCAAAAUCUAAGUACGGAUUAUGCGUAUCAAACAGAUGUUCAAGAGAAAACAAUUAACGAAAUUGAUAACCAAAAACUUGAUAUUGAAACAAAACAUUUAAAAACCAAUCAAACAAAUCAAAAUAAAACAAAUAGAUUUAAAAUAAAAACACCAAAAAAAGUUGAAAUUAAUAAAAAAUCAAAAGUUGGUAAGUUUACAAAACGCACUGUUAAAGAUAAUUUGUCUUCGCAAAAUUCUAAUAAAGCUAAAAUUAGAACAAAAACAAAUAAAAAAUCGAAAAAAGGUUUGAAAUCCAAGUCAAUUAUUGACACAGUGAAUGAUUUAGAGAAAAUUAUUGAAAAUCAUGAAAUAUUAUCGGAUUCUGUACUCGUAAGGCGUCCAGUCGGUAAAAAUACAAUAAAAAAUAAGUUGAAUAACUCUGAGAGUGAAAACAACCAUAAAUACAAAAAAAGUACAAUUUCAAAAACUAUAGUAAAAGAUGGAUUAUCUCUGCAAAAUCCCAAUAAAGCUACAAAAAAAAAAAAAAUAAACAAAAAAUUUAAAAAAGGUUUAAAAUCAAAGUCAAUAAUUGGUGCAGUGAAUGACUCAAAAAAAAAAAUUGAAAACAAUAAAAUAUUAUCAAAUUCUGUUCUUUUUAAACGAUCAGCUGGUAAAAAUGUGAAUGAAACGAAAAUAAAAAGUGAAAAUAACACUCCUGAAGGUAAAAGUCAUAGUAACACAAAUGGUCAGAACAUGGAUAUAAACGGGGAAGAUGGUAACUAUGGACCGAUAAAAGGUAAUGAAAAAUUAAUGAAAUCAGCGAAACAGCUAGAUAAUGAAAAUACAUUCGAAUCUGACAACAAUGAGAAUAAGGAAAACCAUUUUUAUAAUGACGAUGCAGAAUCUCUUAGACCAGCGACAGAUACAAAAAAUACUCACGAGAUGAUCAACAUGAAUCAUGAUGAAAGUAAUGACAAUGGUCAAGAAAUUACAGCAGUGGAUGAUCGUGCCAAGUCACAUUAUGACGGCGGUAGUAAACUUUUAUCAGAACAUGGUGGUGAACCAACAGAUGCGAUAUCAAAUAGAUCAACAGAUAGCUAUUAUAAUGAUCCAAAUGAAGAUGACAGAAUGAUGAAUGUAACGGAUUAUAGUGGACAUACUAUGCGGGUGAUUGAAUAUUUGUCAGGAGAAAAACAUGAUACUAACCUAUUAAGAGACGAAGAAAUAUUAAAAUAUAAUGACAGCAAUUCGAUAGAUAUUGAUGAUGAUCAUUACAGUGAUGUCAAUACAGAUUUUGAUAAUGGCUUUGACGAUGAUAACACUCGUCAUAAUAAGAUUAUGCACGAGGAUGGAGAAGAAUUCGAGUCUCGUAUUUUGGACGAUCUUGCACACAUAUUUUUGGAUAAUUCAUCGGCUGGCUGGAGUGAUAAACACGUGAAUAGCAAAGUUAUCGAAUCAAGAGGAGACGAAUAUAAACGAAAUUGUUUUCAAAAAUGCACAGAUGGUUAUGCGCGGAAAUUAGCGGAUAAUUUUAGAAAUAAAGUAUCAACACGUCCAGAAGUUUGUGAUCAACAUACGGGAGUUACCUAUAACAUUUGUAAAAAAAAUGGCAGCAAUUACAGUGUUCGCAAGACAGUAUUGCCAUUAUGCAAAAAUAGAGAUCAUCAAUGUACCAUGUGUUCAUUAGAUAAGUCCAAAUUAGUAGUUAAUACGUUAAUUAAAUUGAAGUAUUGAAUAGUUGGAAAUUUAAUUUUUAUAAAAUCAUAUUUAUACAUAUAAAAUGGGAAUUCGAUUAAAUUUCUUGGAUAAUUAAAUUAUUUUAAGUUAAUCGCAUAAUACCAACCCAUAAUAGGUACAUUUCCCUGGUACCUACACUUUCGAAUUAUUUUUUGUUUCCAAUGAAACUUCGUUAAAUAGAAAUUUCACUGUAUUACAAUUAUUAUAAUAAUAUUAUCACAUAGGUAUUAUGUAAGUUUAUUAUAAGUUUAAAUAAUAUUUUAGUAAUUAAUCCUUGUAAUCAUAGAAUGAAGUUAAAUCCCUCCCGUAAAACUAUUUUAGGCAUAUAUUUUACCAU